AUAGGGUACUGUGAUAAUGACUGCAAUUUCAGCGCUUCAUAAGUCACCUGAAAUUUGGAGCCCAACAGCUGCUGAAUUUGAUCCAAAAAUAUGGUUGGAUCCUUCGUUAACUAAAAAUGUAUCAAAUUAUAAUUAUUUACUGUACUGUACCUUUCCUUACUGGUACAAGAGCUUGCAUAGGCCAUAAAGUAGCAUUGACUGAAUUUAAAACAUUAUUAAGUAUGUUAAUUAGGAACUUUGUUUUUCAACCAAUUGGAGGAUUUCAAAUUAAA